AUGUCUUUCAACGAUUGGUUGUCCUCUUCGUCCGUAUCUCGCCUACCUUUAUCGACAACUAGAAAUUUUAAUGAUGUAAAACAGCAACAUCAUUAUCACUAUCAUCAUCAUCAUCAUUACCAUUAUCAGCAUGCACCGAUGACGACAACAACUAUAAGUCAUCCAUCAUAUAACAAUUGUCAACAUCAAUGCUGUCAACAACACGACAAUUCUAACUCAUUUACACUUGUACCACCAAUGUCCAUGAUAAAUCAUCAAAUACCAUUAAAAUAUAAAGAAAAUUUUCAUCAAAAUUCAACACUUAAACUGCGUCGUAGUGUUGCUUUAUUUCUUCAUCUAAUCGAUAAUUCCUCAAUAUCCGAUUUCCUCCAAUAUGAUAAACAUUUCCGACAUGCUGAUAAAUAUCUAUUAGCGAUGACAUUAAUCUAUUUUUGGCGAGCAAAAUUACGUGAACAUCAUUACACAAAAGAUUCGUUUUAUUUAGCCUUAUGGUUAGCACAUGAUUCUGUUGAAGAAGAUCUGACAGCAAAGUAUGGUUUAUUACCAUGGGCACUUCAAACAAAUGAUGGUCGUCCAUCGGUUGAUUUAAAAAAUGAUUUUAAAAGAUUUUUAUCGAAGAAAAACGAUCUAUGGACUCGUAUGGGUUUUCGAGCUCGAGUCACAAAAGAUGAAUGUGAUGAAAUCAUGCUUGUUCAGCCAAAUCAUUGGCUUUGGCAACGAGAACGAUCAACAGAUUAUAAUAAAAAAAUGGCUUUAUUGAAUCGAAAACAAAAAAAUGGCAUAUUGAAUAGUGAAGACAGUUGUUCAUCUACUUUAUUGAUGUCACCUGUUGAUGAUACAAAGUCAAUCAUGAUUGUCGACGAUAUGAAUCCUGAUAAUGUUUCUUGGACAAGCGAUGAUGAAACCGACGAGAUAAUCAUAUUGGAUUAA